AUGUCGUCCUCUCCCGCGCCGGCCGUGCUGACGUUCCAGACGUUUCUGGAAAAAAUGCGUCAACCGAGCGCCGGCGCGCUCGUGCGCGACGUCAAGACGUUCAUCGCGAGCCUCGACGACGACGCCUCGACGACGACGACGACGGUUGAUGGCGAAGACGACGAUGAUGGCGACGACGACGCGAUCCUGCGCGUGGCGCGGCGCGUGCAGACGUUCCUGCGCGACACGGAGGCGACGUUCGAGCGACACCCGGCGUGGCGAGGGGCGUCGAUGGCGGAAUUGGACGCGUCGGGGGAGGGAUUGGAAAAGUACGUCAUGACGAAGGCGCACGCGGGCGUCUUCGCGAGACGACGCGAAGAUCGAGCGCGGGACGAAAGGCUGGCGAAACGCGUGGAGACGCUGAAGAAAAUAAUAGAACCGAAACAUCUGGACAUCGGGGAGUGCAGCGCGUCGUGGGCGCUGGCGGAGGUGGAGUUGGGGAAGAUGAAUCAGUUCAAGGCGCCGCGGGAUAAGUUGGUGUGCGUGUUGAAUACGUGUCGAAUAAUCAAUAAUACGCUGACGACGCGGCAGGGUUCGGACGGGGGGGCGGACGAUUUCUUGCCGGUGUUGAUUUACGUCGCGAUGCGAGCGAAUCCGGGGCGGUUGGAGAGUAAUUUAAAGUACAUUCAGAGAUUUCGCGGCGAGUCGCGAUUGGUGAGCGAGGCGGCGUACUUUUUCACCAACCUCGUGAGCGCGGCGCGGUUUUUGGGGCGAUGUGCGGCGAACGAUUUCACAAACAUGGAUGUCGAGAUGUUUGAAAGGGUGAUGAACGAGGACGGGGUGUUGGCGAGCGUGGAUUUAGACGAAGACGAGGAAAUAGCGGAGACGCCGGUCGAGGCGGCGUCGGCGGAGAACCCGCCGCCGUCCACGCCGCCGCCGCAGAUUUCGGUCGAGGAGAUGAGCGCGGCGUUGAGCGCGCUCGAAGGUGGGGACACGUCGACGACGCCCAGGGAAAUACCGAAGAACGCUGGCGGUGGCGUCGGCGACUACGCGACCGACGACGAUAAUUUGCACACGCCGACGUCUCGCGCCGCGGCGCCGUACGUUCCGUGGCGCACGACCGAGGACGUCGAAGCCGAGGGCGCGACGCAACUCACCGCGCUCGACGUCGCUGGAAACUUGACUUUGAGUUCGGACUAUAAGUUUCUGUACGCCAAGGUGGAAGACUUGACCGUCGGCGACGUCGCGAGGUUGCUUCACGACUACAAAGGAUUGGCGCUGCAGUACGAAAGCCUCAGUCGAGGCG